GCAAAAGUCAUGCGGCCUCAGAACUUCUUUCUUAUUGGAGGAAAAUCCGCCGCUGUUACCCCAGCAACCUGAAGGGUGUUUGUUUGUUUGUUUGUUUGUUUGUUUGUUUGUGCCGUUUGGGUGGACCAAUCACAAACAGUGAAGUGGCGCUCCUUAGUCUCAGGUCUGGAAGGACGGCCCACUCUCUCCGGUGUUUUUCUUUUCAGCUUCCGGAAGGAUCUGUAGGUCGCGGAGCUGGCCAAGUCACUUUCCUGCGACUGAUAUAUUUGUUUCCGGCCCAUGGAGCCCGGCUGGGCGGCGAGGCUGUCCGCGCCCCGUGCUGGCACCCCUGCCGCCUUGUCGGACACGGACAGCGACGAGGACUCUGCCCGAGGAGGCCCGUUUUCUUUAAUGGGCUUCCUGUUCGGCAACAUCAACGGAGCAGGGCAGCUGGAGGGCGAAAGCGUCCUGGAUGAUGAGUGUAAGAAACAUCUUGCAGGCUUGGGGGCUUUAGGUCUGGGCAGCCUGAUCACUGAACUCACCGCGAAUGAAGAAUUGGCUGGGACUGGUGGUGCCUUGAUUUUAUCCAUAGGGUGGAUUAGAAGUAGAGAAGAUGCUGUGGACUAUUCAGACAUCAGCGAGGUGGCAGAAGAUGAAAGCCGAAGAUAUCAGCAGACAAUGGGGAGCUUGCAACCCCUUUGCCGAGAUUAUGAUGAAGAUUACUCUGAUGCUGACUGUGAAGAUAUUGAUUGCAAGUUGAUGCCUCCAGGACCAGUGAAGAAAGAGAUGAACCAAGAUGGUGUUACUAGUGUGUCUGAAGAUGGAGAAGGCAUUAUCUUGCCUUCCAUCAUUGCCCCUUCCACUUUGGCCUCAGAGAAAGUGGACUUCAGUAGUUCCUCUGACUCAGAAUCUGAGAUGGGAGCUCAGGAAACAACACAGGCAGAAUCUAAGGAUGGAAAGCUGACGUUACCAUUGGCUGGGAUUAUGCAACAUGAUGCCACCAAGCUGUUGCCAAAUGUCACAGAACUUUUUCCAGAAUUUAGUCCUGGAAAGUAUAUAAUAGUGUUACCCUUUUUACGGCUUUUUGGACCAGGGAAGAAUAUCCCAUUUGUUUGCAGGAGUGCUCAGAGAAAGAGGAAAAAGAAGCACCGUGAACUUAUAAUACAGGAAGAGCAGACCCAGGAGGAGUGCUCAGUAGAAUUAGAAGUCAACCAGAAAUCUCUGUGGAAAUAUGAAUAUGCUUCACCUCUCCCCCCAGAGCAAUGUCUCUCUGAUGAUGAAAUCACAAUGAUGGCUCCUGUGGAAUCCAAGUUUUCCCAGUCAACUGGAGACACCGAUAAAAUGAUGGAUACCAAACCGAGAGUGGCAGAAUGGCAUUAUGGACCUGCCCGGUUGUGGUAUGAUAUGCUAGGAGUCCCUGAAAAUGGCAGUGGGUUUGACUAUGGCUUCAAAAUGAGGAAGACUGAACAUGAACCUACAAAAAAAUGUGGCCUGGUGAAGAAAUUAAGAAAACCUGAGGAAAGCAAUGGUGCUGAUCUUCUGGCAGAUGAAAACUUCCUAAUGGUGACACAACUACAUUGGGAAGAUGAUAUCAUCUGGGAUGGGGAGGAUGUGAAGCACAAAGUAACAAAACCUCAGCGUGCAAGUUUGGCAGGCUGGCUUCCUUCCAGUAUGACUAGGAAUGCUAUGGCUUACAAUGUUCAGCAAGGUUUUGUAGCCACAUUGGAUGAUGAUAAACCUUGGUACUCCAUUUUCCCCAUUGAUAAUGAAGAUCUGGUGUAUAGACGUUGGGAGGAUAAUAUCAUUUGGGAUGCUCAGGCCAUGCCUAGGAUUUUGGAGCUUCCUGUCUUGGCACUUGAUCCCAAUGAUGGAAACUUGGUUUUUGGGUAUGUUGCCUCAGAGAUCCCUGAUGAGAAGGAAGAAGCUACUUUUGAUUCCCCUUCCAAGGAGAGUAAGAAAGAAUCAUCUCUAAAGAAGAGUCGAAUUCUCUUAGGAAAAACAGGAGUCAUCAAGGAAGAGCCACAGCAGAACAUGUCUCAGCCAGAAGUGAAAGAUCCAUGGAAUCUCUCCAAUGAUGAGUAUUACUAUCCCAAGCAACAAGGUCUUCAAGGUACUUUUGGAGGGAAUAUCAUCCAGGUAUUUGCUUUUAACUCUUCUGCUUCCUGUUUAGCACUCAAUUCCAGCUAUAGAAUUAUGGCAGCCCUUCUUUCCCACCCACAUAGGACCCAUGAAACUCUGAAAGUUCCAUCACCCACCUCUAAAAUAGUACUCCUUUGGUGCAUUAUCUCAGCCAGGACCACCACACUCAGUCCAGCCUUUGCUGAAGCACAUCAAGAAGAAGGCAAAGGGAUGGAUUCAAACUGGUGGGUGCUGAAGUCUGAUUUUCGUUUACCAAUGGAAGAGGAGAUCAGAGCUAUGGUAUCCCCAGAACAGUGCUGUGCUUAUUAUAGCAUGAGAGCUGCAGAGCAGAGACUAAAGGAUGCUGGCUAUGGAGAGAAGUCCUUUCUUGGUCCUGAGGAAGAAAAUGAAGAUGAUUUCCAGAUGAAGAUUGAUUAUGAAGUUUGUACUGCUCCUUGGAAUACUACAAGGGCUUUCAUUUCUGCCAUGAAUGGCAAAUGUCUCCUGGAGGUGACUAGAGUAGCAGAUCCUACAGGCUGUGGUGAAGGGUUCUCCUAUGUGAAGAUUCCAAACAAACCAACACAGCAGAAGGAUGAUAAGGAGCGUCAGCCAGUGAAAAAGACAGUCACGGGAACAGAUGUAGACCUUCGUCGCCUGUCUCUGAAAAACGUCAAGCAAAUUCUUCGUAAAUUUGGUGUGCCUGAGGAGGAGAUUAAAAAGUUGUCCCACUGGGAAGUUAUUGAUGUAGUACGCACAGUGCCAACAGAACAGGCUCGCUCUGGAGAGGGCCCCAUGAGCAAAUUUGCCCGUGGAUCAAGGUUUUCUAUGGCUGAGCAUCAAGAGCGUUACAAAGAGGAAUGUCAGCGCAUCUUUGACUUACAAAACAAGGUUUUGUCAUCAACUGAAGUCUUAUCCACAGACACAGACAGCAGCUCAGCUGAAGACAGUGACUUUGAGGAAAUGGGAAAGAACAUAGAGCACAUGCUGCAGAACAAGAAAACAAGCUCUCAGCUAUCUCGGGAGCAGGAGGAGCAGGAACGGAAGGAACUCCAGCGGAUGCUACUGGCAGCAGGCUCAGCAGCAGCAGUAAACAGUCAGAGAGAUGAUGAGACACCUUCGGUGACUAGCCUUAACUCUUCUGCCACUGGCCGCUGUUUCAAAAUUUAUCGAACAUUUCGAGAGGAAGAGGGAAAAAUAUAUGUUCGUUCUGAGACAGUCCGAAAACCAGCUGUUAUUGAUGCUUAUAUGCGCAUACAGACCACAAAAGAUGAAGAAUUCAUUCAAAACUUUGCCCUUUUUGAUGAGCAACAUUGAGAAGAGAUGCAAAAAGAACGUCGCAGGAUUCAAGAGCAAUUGAGGAGACUUAAACGGAACCAGGAAAAGGAGAAGCUGAAUGGUCCUCCUGAGAAAAAGCCCAAAAAAAUGAAGGAAAGUCCUGACUUAAAAAUUGGCCUAAAAUUGAAUAGUAGAAAAUUCAAAAGUAAAUUUUUAUGGGCUGAAGUCAUACACAACUAUCUGGACUUUAAACUAUAUUUAGCUUUUUUUGGUGAUAACACUUUAGGAAAACUGCCUUCAUUUUGCUUUGUUUCAUUUCAGAAAGAGGAUAAGUUGGCACGUUUAGAGAAAGCUAUCAACCCUUUGCUUGAUGAUGAUGACCAAGUAGUAUUUUCUUUUAUUCUGGAUAACAUUCUCACUCAGAACAUGGUGGCAGUUCCAGAUUCUUGGCCAUUCCAUCACCCAGUUAAUACAUUUGUUCAAGAUUAUUACAAAGUGAUUGUCAGUCCAGUGGACUUGGAGACUAUACGUAAGAAUAUCUUCAAGCACAAGUACCAGAGUCGACAGAGCUUUCUAGAUGAUGUAAACCUGAUUCUGGCCAACAGUGUUAAGUACAAUGGGCCUGAGAGUCAAUAUACAAAGACUGCUCAGGAGAUUGUGAACGUUUGUUACCAGACAUUAACCGAGAAAGAUAUUUGUACAGCUAAAGAAGCAGCUUUGGAGGAAGCAGAAUUAGAAAGCCUGGACCCAGUGACUCCAGGACCUUAUACACCUCAGCCUCCUGACUUGUAUGAUAACAGCACAUCUCUCAGUGUUUCUCAAGAUACUUCUAUUUAUCAAGAUUAGUGCAAUGUGUCUGUCUUUGAUAUUCUCAGUGCUAUUUCAGAAAAGCAGUUAAUGCAGGAAGGGGAAGACAGAGAUGGUGGUCUUGCAGAUGAAGAGGAAGGAACUGUACCAAAACCCCAAGGCAGUGUCUUGUAUGAAGAUUUGUUCAUGUCUGAAGGAGAAGAUGAUGAGGAAGGUGCUGGGAGUGAUGUAGAAGAAUAUAACCCUUUCUUUGGUGUGGGAUGUGGGACUGAUUCAGAUAGUCCACAGCAGCAAACUAUUUACGUUGUCCGGCUCUGAAACAAGCUCUUUGCCAGCUGCAGACAGUUUGACUCUGAGGACUCUGGAGAGAGAAUAAAUGCCAGAGCCCAUCGAGUGGAGACUGGAGAAAGAAGAAUGCUACUUCUGCAUUCCCCUUGAAGCUCCUGGUUGCUAUUGUGAGACAAGAAGUUGGAGAUCUCCUGAAAUGAGGACUGGGCUGGCUCCCACAAACCUGAAGACCCCAACCACCAGGAAGCAUCUAAGAAAGAACUAUGGCUCCUCUCCCACUAACCCUUUCUCUCUCUUACCUGGUGUUGGGGUGUCAGAAGGGAUUGGCAUGGAGUAGGGAGAAAGAGAUAUAAUAAAUAUAAAUAAAAGUUUUUUUAAAGUACUCCAACAAGAUGGAGUCCCAGACUAAAUAAUAAAAGGACAAAAUGAGCUGAUGAUGAAGCUCAGUUGACCUAACAUGCACAAAGGCUUUUUGAUCCCCAAGAAGUAUGGUAGUGCACAUCUGUAAUCCCUGCACCAGGGAAAUGGAAGCAGACGAAUAGGAAUUCAAGGCCAGCCUAAGCUACAUGAGACCCUUUCUCAAAAAGGGGACAUGGCUCAAUGUGGCUCAAAGUGCCUGCUCUGCAAGCAUGAAGAUUAGAUACAGAUCUCCAGAAACCAUGUAAAAAGCCAGGUGGCCAUGGUGAUUAUCUAUCAUCCCAGUGUGUGGGAAGUGAAAACAAGAUCCCUAGAGCAAGGUGGAGAAUAAUGGAGGAAGACACCCUACAUCAACCUUGGCCUCUAUGCACGUAUGUACAUGCAAAAGCUAGAUAUGGCUUGAGCUCCUGUAAACACAGCCCUGGGGAGGUAGAAACAGGAGAUUACCAGGACUUGCUGUCCAUCCAUUCUAGCUGAAUUGGUGAUCUCCAGGAGGUUCAGUGAGAGACACUGUCUGAAAAGAAAUGAAUGAAUAAACAAAUAAGGAGGAGGGCAAUUGAAAAGAGCAUCUGACAUGGACCUCUACACACAAUCAUACCCACACACAUGCACCCCCCGCCACAAAGAUGUGCAGGCAUAUAUAUAUAUAUGAAAAAGAAAAAAGAGAGAAAGAAAAGAAAGAAGGAAGGAAGAAAGAAAGAGAAAGAAAGAAAGAAGAAAGAGAAACAAGAAGCUAGAGUACCAGCACCCAUCCCUCUGCUUCCUGAUUGGCAGUUGCUUCAUGCUGCUGCUGCCGUAGCUGGCCUCUUCUCACCACUACACCUUCCCCAACACGAUGGACAGUAUCUUCAAACUGUGAGCCAAAUAGACUUUUAUUUCCUUAGGUUGCUUUUGUCAGAAAUUUUUGUUGAAGCAACAACAACAAAAAGGACUAACACAAAUUAAAAACUGGCCAGGUGUGCUGGCACACAUCUUUAAUUCUAGCACCUAAGAGGCAGAGGCAGAGGCAGGCAGAUCUCUAAGCCUGGUCAAUAUAGCCACUUCUAGGUUACCCAAAGCUAUACAGUGAGACCCUGUAUCAACAAAACAAAAUAAAAAAAAAUCCACCAUGAAACAACACACAAACAAAACAGUGAAACUCUCCAAAUGGUUAUAGUAAGUUCUAGGUCCUUAGAUGCCAGAAAAUCUUCAGCAAUGUUUCCUUAGGUGUUCACACUCUAGAGGGGCUGAAGCUACACCAUGAGGACAGCUAUAACUGUAAAAGCCUGGGACUUAAGUCUUUUGGAAAGGUAUGUUUAAAAUAAUAAUAAUAAACAACCAAGAACAAGGAUCCUUUCAAUCUUAUCUUCAAGCAGAGCACC